UGCGCACUGCUUGGUGUCGGGUGGGGUCAAGUCUAUAUCCGCGCGUAAUCAGCUGACGCUCCGCAUUGCAGACUGCAGGGUCCAGCGGCGCCAUGUACGCGUUCUUUCUCCUGGGCAGCCUGCUGGGCUUGGCUCUUGCCAGCCCCGUCGCAGACCUGAGAAAAUGCUCUGGAGGCUCAGGGGUACUGUGCCAGGACCUCAAGACCGCGGCUGACUGCGGGGCGGUGCGGCACUGCCGGCAGACCGUGUGGAGCAAGCCCCGGGUGAAAUCCCUCCCGUGCGACAUCUGCAAACAGGUCAUCACUGUGGCGGGCAACAUGCUGAAGGACAAUGGCACUGAGGAGGAGAUCCUCUCUAACCUGGAGAAGGUCUGUGACUGGCUCCCAAACUCCAACCUGUCGGCUGCGUGCAAGGAGGCGGUGGACGCCUACCUGCCUGUCAUCCUGGACAUGAUUAAAGGGGAAGCGAGCAAUCCUGGUGAGGUGUGCGCCGCCCUCAGCCUCUGCGAGUCUCUUCAGAGGCACUUGGCGGAGCUGAACCACCAGAAGCAGCUCGAAGCCAACAGGAUCCCGGAGACUGACCUGUCUGAGGUGGUGGCGCCCUUCAUGGCCAACAUCCCUCUCCUCCUGUACCCUCAGGAUGGCCCCCGAAGCCAGCCCCAGCCCCAGCUGAAGGCCAGUGGAGAUGUCUGCCAGGACUGUGUACAGAUGGUGACCGACAUCCAGACUGCUGUGAGGACCAACUCCACCUUUGUGCAGGGCUUGGUGGAUCAUGCCAAGGAGGAGUGUGACCGUCUGGGGCCUGGCAUGGCCGACAUGUGCAAGAAUUAUGUCAGCCAGUAUUCUGAAAUCGCCUUCCAAGUUAUGAUGCAUAUGCUGGACCAGCCACCCAAGGAGAUCUGUGUGCUGGUUGGGUUCUGUGACGAGGUCAAGGAAGUGCCCAUGCAGACUCUGGUCCCCGCCAGAGUGGCCGCCGAGAACGUCCUCCCUGCCCUGGAGCUGGCGGAGCCCCUUGAGCGGGAGCUGAUCCGGGCCCACGACAGUGUUGUGUGCAAGGCGUGUGAGUACGUGGUGAAGAAGGUGGUCGAGAUGAUAGACAACAACAGUACUGAGGAAGAAAUCAUCCAUGCUCUGGACAGUGUGUGCUCAGUGUUGCCUGAGUCUGUGUCAGAGAUGUGCCAGGAGGUGGUGGACACAUAUGGCACCUCCAUCGUGUCGCUCCUUCUGCAGCAGUUGAGCCCUGAGCUGGUGUGCGGUGAGCUCCACCUCUGCAUGUCCAGCAAGGGCCACAUUGGCCAGCCUAAGCUGCCCAUGCUGCGCAGACCGCACGUGCCGGCUGCACGUGUGGCUCCACUGAAGGACGGUGGCUUCUGCGUGGUGUGUAAGAAGCUGGUCGGCUACCUGGAGCACAUUCUGGAGAAAAACAGCACCGAGCAGGAGAUUGUGGGCAUACUGGAGAAGGCCUGCGGCCUCCUGCCCGACCCCUACCUUGAGCAGUGUGACGAGUUUAUGAAAGCGUAUGAGCCCGUGCUGGUGGAAAUCCUCGUGGGGAUCAUAGACCCAGCCGAAGUGUGCCUGAAAAUUGGAGUCUGCACGUCUGCUCGGAAGCUUCUCUUGGGAACUGAGAAGUGUGUGUGGGGCCCCAGCUACUGGUGCCACAACAUGGAGACAGCAGCGCAGUGCAAUGCUGUGGAACAUUGUAAACGUCACGUGUGGAACUAAUGCACCCUUCCCCUGGAACUGUAGCACCUUUCCUCCUUGUGUGUCUCGGGUAAUGAGCACACAGUUCUGUGUGAUUUUGUUACAAGCUAGGUUUCUUCCCCAUUUCUCUCCCUCAUCGCAGCAUUGCUGUCCCAUGGUGGGUGCUGCAGCCGCUUUCAGUGUCCUUUGUGUGCUGGAGGGCUGAGGAUACACUGGCCCGCGGGCUCAGCUACCCUUGCAUGGCACCUGCUGGGGGAGGAAUUCUCAGUGCUGGCUGGGACCUUCUUCCAAGCCGAGAGGUAUCCGGCUCUGGGGUCACCUCCUACCCUACAGAGGGACUGUCCCCCCUUCCUGCUGCCAAACAAAGGUAGUUUCAUAUGAAAGAUUAGAAGCUCAGCAUAAAUUAGGCUUUGAAAGUAACGUAAUUCCCUCUGUACUAGCACAACAUUUGGGAGUAGCUAUUGGUGGUUCAGAGGACACUGGUGGACAGCAGGGUUGCUGCCCUGGGUCAACCUUUGAUUCUGGUCUCCUGUCUUUUCCUGUGGAUGCCUUGUUUGAGGUUCUAGGGGCAGGGUGGGUGGGGAGGGGCAAUUGCCUGACAUAACCCGCUGGCUCUGCAUUCAGGGCCCAUGGGCCUGGCUUUUGUGUGAGGCCUUUGCAUAGUGGUGAUUGCUGUCUGCUCAUAUGUCUGUUGCCGCUAGGGCCCUGCCUUGUGCUUGGCAGGCCCUGGUCCCCUUCCCUUUCAAAUCCACAUGGAUGACAAGCUCCUAAGCCUCUGCUUGGUAGAGGGUGACAAGCUGAGGCACCUGCAGGGUGGGUACUAGCCGGGUCUUGGCUGCUGCCUGUCUGGCCCCUGAAGCUUCUCUUCCAUUUCUGGUUGCCAAGAGACUGCAAACAAAGCCAGCGAGCCAGCCAUUAAGUGGACUUAGUGAUUUUCAUUUGUUUUGCACUAAAGUUUCUGUGAUUUAACAAUAAAGUUCUGUUAACC